UUAUUUGUGUUACCCAGGCAGGUGUGUUUUUCAAGCUGCUGCUGGCACCGCGUGUUGAUGGUGACUUCCUUCCAGCUGAACCUGAAGUGUUGAUGACUCAGGGAAAUCACAACAGUGUGGACAUCAUAUUUGGAGUCAAUUCUCACGAGGGCGGCUCUCAGGCACUCGCAUUCUACGCCUUCGAGUCUGCAAAAUCAAAUCUUCUGAACAACUUCGCCAAGUUUGGUCCAGCGUCACUUCACUUAGAAGAUGAGACUAAACCUGUGGAACUUGCCACCAAGAUCUUUGAUCAAUAUGUUGGAGGUGUUAAAGUUAACUUGGAAGAUGCAGAGAAUAUCUGUCGGAUGUUUAAUGAUCGUUUCUACAACAUACCUCAAGACACAGCAGCCAUUAUCCAUGCUAAAAAUAUGGGACCUAAUAAGAAAAUAUUUAUAACUGAACUAAACCAUAAAGGUCAACGAUCAUUGUCAAGUCAUUUAAACGUCAGCGUUGGUCGGCACUGGGUGACCCAUGCGGAUGAUAUGUUCUACUUGUUCACUGGCGAGAAGACUCACUGGAAGCCGCUGGAGUGGCCAGACGACCUCAAAGUGAGACACAUCAUGCUUAAACUCUGGACCAAUUUUGCAGCUACUGGGAAUCCAACACCUGAUGACUCUCUAAAUAUAGUGUGGGAAGCUGCACGUCCAGACAACGUCCAUCACUUGUCUCUCACACUGACGCCCACCAUGAAGGCAGACUAUAGGCACAUGGUUCGUGCUUUCUGGGAGUCACUGCCUCUUAAACAGAACUUGCUGCUUCACUCUGAGAAAUUUAAACUCUCAGAACCUAAAGCUGAACUUGAGGAAAUGAAAGAAGAUUUGGAUCAUGAGAUGCCACUUCAAAUGGAAAAUAAACCAAAAAAAUCUGCUGCACGGAAUGAGUUGUAAUCUUGACAUAAUGAAAACUACUUAUCUUUGGAAUACUGACUUCACAUCCUGAUACGGAAUGAUUGACUUCAGAGGUUUAUCAUAGACUUAUUAUUUUACGAAAUUUGAUGUUGUAUAUAGUCAAUAAAUUACAGAGGCAUAUUGUAACCAGGUACUGAGGUAACUUGUCUUGGGAGAGUGCAAGUUUCACCAAUAUAUAUACCAGUUACUGAAUUUUGUUUACAUGCAAUUGAUUCAGGAAAAUCUACAAAUAAUUUUUUGCCAGACGUCUAAAUUUUCACAAUAAGUCUCAAGGGAUCUUAUAUGUUUUAGGCAUGAAAAAAAUGGCAUGGUAUUUAGAUCUCAUCUAGAAUGGCCCAAUAAAAUUAAAUAAUGUUUCAUUAUAAUGGAUAUAACAGGGUUCUAGUAACAAAAACAAUGUCUGAAAAUCCUAAGUGAUGUAAAAUGUUGCUGCUGCGGGAUACAGUGUGGUCAACAGUAUGUGAUCUUUGGUGUUGCUGCUGUGGGAUACAAUGUGGUCACCAGUAUGUGAUCUUUGGUGUUGCUGCUGUGGGAUACAAUGUGAUCACCAGUAUGUGAUCUUUGGUGUUGCUGCUGUGGGAUACAAUGUGGUCACCAGUAUGUGAUCUUUGGUGUUGCUGCUGUGGGAUACAAUGUGGUCACCAGUAUGUGAUCUUUGGUGUUGCUGCUGUGGGAUACAAUGUGGUCACCAGUAUGUGAUCUUUGGCGUUGCUGCUGUGGGAUACAAUGUUGUCACCAGUAUGUGAUCUUUGGUGUUGCUGCUGUGGGAUACAAUGUGGUCACCAGUAUGUGAUCUUUGGUGUUGCUGCUGUGGGAUACAAUGUGGUCACCAGUAUGUGAUCUUUGGUGUUGCUGCUGUGGGAUACAAUGUGGUCACCAGUAUGUGAUCUUUGGUGUUGCUGCUGUGGGAUACAAUGUGGUCACCAGUAUGUGAUCCUUGUUUCCUAUGCCAUCAUAUUUUACCUAGUUAGUCAUAUCUAUUUUUUUCCGUUCAAUGCUACCUUUUGUAUUUAGUUUACAUACUGUUCUUCACUUUUCUUUGCCUAACAUUUAGUAUAUCAUUAUUAUAUUGCAAGUUUUCUUGCAGACAACGUUUUCAGUUAUAUUUUUCAUUAGACAGUACAUAUUUUAUAUAUCCUGUUUUAAAAUAUUUUUUUCCUCUGCAGUUUUUUUUUUAUUUUACCAUAUACUCGUGUAAUACAAAUAUAUAUCUUUAACCUUAUCUAUAGAUAAGAUACUGCCUAAGCUAUCUGUGUUUGAUCUUUCGCCAUCUUGUAGAGAUGGUGAUAAUAUUUUGGGUAUUUUUCCAAGAAUCCAAAAACGAUCAUUACUGUAUGAGUGAUGGAGUGUCCCUGGUGUCUGUUUCGCAAAAGUUAAGGGAGGAAGUAAUUCAUCUAUCUAAAUCAGAAAUUCGGUAUGUUGUCAUUCAGAACAGAUGGUAAAUUGUAUAUAUAUGAUGGCCUGACAAAGAUGUGAGGUUAAUAUAUUUAAUGACCCUAUGUUUCCAUUGACAGGGCUUUAGUCAUACCUCAGGAAAAUGACCCAAAAGUAUAAUUCACCAAGGUGAGAGCUUUUUGUAAUGGUGAUGAUCUAGAAAUUGCAUUAAAAAAAUCUUCCCAUAACGUAAACUUCUCGUCCAGAGAUAUUCCUCAAGGUGCUAUUCUUCACUGCCUCUAGUUCAGACUGUCUGGGGAUGGUACUGUAAUGCCACAAAUUAAUAAAAAUGUUGUUUUUAAUGUUUCCCUGAGGCUAUUCAAAACUCCUAGAGGCAUCAUAAUUGAAUAUCAGUUCAAUGAGAAAUAACAUUAUGUAUGCUAAUAAAAUUCUAAAUGAGUUUUGUCUAUAUGAUUGAUGUCUGAAGAAAAUUUGGCGGUUCGAGUCUAAUAUAUCAGUUACUGCAGAUGCUCUCGCCAAGUUCUUUUCCAUUAUUACCUUCGAAAAACGCUUUUGGUGUCGUCUGAUGAAAUGAAGUUUUUUAUCUUGCUGAUAUGUUUGCACUUUUUACAUCUGACUGGAGACAGUUUCUAAGAAUUGCUGACGACAUUUUUCGUCUGACUAGAAGCCUCGUGCUGUUGAGGUGAAAUCAUUUGAAGAAAGAAACUUUUUGUAAUCAGCUCCCAAACUCUGUAACGAGUUGCCAGUGUCUCUUAAUAUUCAGGAAAUUGUUCAUGCUUCUAAGUUUAAAUUGAAAGGAUGUUUCUGCUGAUCAUUCUCUCACAUUGGUAUAUACAUUUUCGCAUUCUUUUUGAUUGUUUUUGUUCUACUCAUGGUUUUGUGUAUGAACGAUUGUGAACUUCUUGAAAGAGCAAGCUCUAAUGAAAUAUAAAGCUCAAAAAUAAUAAUAAUAAUAAUAAUAAUAAUAAUAAUAAUAAUUAAUAAUAAUUAUUAUUAUUAUUAUUAUUAUUAUCAUUAUUAUUAUUAUUAUUAUUAUUAUUAUUAUUAUUAUUAUUAUUAAAAUUAACAUUAAUAUUUUUUCCCCAUUUUUAAGUAUGGGGCCCCAUUCUUUGGACACAAUAUAGAUCUCAAUAAACUCUUCUCAUAGGGUUGAUACUGGGUGCCUAAUAGAGCUAUCAGGUUAAUAUCCUCUCAUGGAAAGUGUCAGUGAGAUACUCUUUAUCAAAGAAAUUAAAUCUUCCCUUCCUUUUUUAAUGUAAUCUGAUUACCUUUCAUUCCCGCAGGUGCUGUAUGAUCCCCUCUGCUUAAAUGUUCCUAUAAUAACGUUACCUAACCCAUAAAUUUUGUCUUAAAUGAUGACUAAAUUGUCUUGGAAAAAGGGUUUAGAAAUGGUAAGCAACCUUGACCUGUGUAAUUGUGAGCGAGUCACUCAAAUAUAGUACAUGAGUAAACAGUGAAAUAUAAGUAAGUCACCAAUAUUAUUAUUAUUGGUAAAGGGUAUUAAUUAACUGAAAUGUAUUGAAUAAAGAUGUACGUCUAGAAAUCUACCCAUCAACCUUUUAUCUACUAACACACAAUCUAAUAAAGUUCUGUCAUUA